ACAGAUAAAGUAUUCCACAAUGGAGAAAGAUAAUUCAAACAGUUGGGAGUUCUACGUGGGACUCGUCCUCGCUGUCAGCUCCAAUGUAUUCAUAGGUAUCAGUUUUAUAAUAAAAAAAAGUGCUCUCGUGAAUCUCCAGAGGUACGGACUGAGAGCUGGAGCUGGAGGGCAUGGAUACCUCCGGGAGUGGAUGUGGUGGGCUGGAUUAUUAUCAAUGGGAAUUGGAGAAGCUGCAAAUUUCGUUGCUUAUGCUUUUGCUCCAGCCUCAAUUGUGACCCCUCUGGGAGUGCUCAGCAUCGUCAUUGCAGCCAUACUCUCUCCCAGGUACCUCCACGAAAAGUUGAACUUGUUAGGAAAGUUGGGCUGCUUUCUGUCCAUCGUAGGAUCCACAAUUAUCGUCCUCCACGCCCCAAAAACCGAAGAGAUAAAUACAGUCGAGGAUUUGGUCUACAGGCUCCAGCACUCGGGCUUCACUCUCUACAUAAUUUUUGUGAUUCUCACGACUCUUCUUCUGAUAUUCCACGUGGGGCCCAGACACGGAAAGGAAAAUGUGACGAUCUACGUAUUCCUCUGCUCAAUAGUCGGCUCCCUCACAGUAAUGAGCUGUAAAAUUCUCGGGCUCUCCAUCAAGGAGACGAUCUACACUGAAAAUAACAGGAUGGAGGAUUGGCUGACGUGGGUCUCCCUGUUCUCCAUAAUCCUCUGCAUCAUGGUGCAGAUGAACUACCUUAACAAAGCCCUAGACCUCUUCAACACUGCAAUCGUCACUCCAGUGUACUACAUAUUUUUUACGACAUUCGUGAUAAUUGCAUCAGCCAUAUUAUUCGAAGAGUGGCAAAUCAUGACGUACCAGAAUAUCCUGGGAUCCAUCUGUGGUUUUUUCGUUGUUAUCACAGCUAUUUUUUUAAUGAACGCUUUCAAGGAUCUGAAUUUCACCUACUUCGACCUGAAGACACUCUCUCUAUCCAGGACUGGGAGAAGGAGUGUCCAGAGGUACUCGUAUGACGAGGAAAUGCCACAACCAGUGAACAGAGACGUUGUGGACAGGAACAAUUAUUUGGACACCUGACGAAAGAAAAAAGCCAAACGAAAAAUCACUUCGUUGGUUUGAUUUUAUUCUUUGAGAAUCUUUCAAUGUUAUUCAUAUCUCUAUACUUCAACAGCAAAUCGGUUAAGAGAGAGAGAUCAAUUGUCCAAAAACCAUCCAUUUUAGUAGAUAAUAACAAACGACACUUAUUUAUGGUAAAUAUAA